AUGGUCCAGACGAGGAUAAAGCGGCACCUAUUCUGUUCUCAGGAGACGCCUCCAGCUGCCGACUUCACCGAGACUCAGCCGAUAGCCGAGGACGGGCCACCAAUGCCCAAGAAUAUCGAGUCGAGGGUGCAUGUGUCGGGUGAGCGGAUGCUAAUUCAAAGAUUGUACGAUGCUGCACCCGGUCCUAUGCGAUCUCUGGUUGACGGUAUUCAGUUUAUGGAGGAGCGGCGUAUCAGGGAGAAAGAUCAUGGAUACCCGGUGUAUGUUGCCAAGGUGCCCUCGGGCCAUGGCUUUGUCGAUAGUGGCUUCGCGGAGAAGAUCUUCCUGCGGUAUGAUGACAUCUUCGCCAUGCUGAACAGUUAUCCGCUGCACUACACCUUCAUUCGCCUAUACUCGCUCAGCAAGGCGAUGCGGAUCAUUAGAAACAACAUCCCGGACAUCGCCAUAGCCGACCCCUUCUACAUGCGUGCCGUCCACUUGGCCACCGCCGGAGACCGGGCAGUCGCGAGUGGAUACCUCAAAGACUUCUUUCUAGCGAACCAGAAGAAGUGUAACCUCCUCCUGCCUGUAUUUCCCGAAGACAAAACCUGCACACUCAUCUCCAUAACCCCGAAAUAUUCCGUGGCCACAUACUUCGAUGCGGACAGUAAGUCAACCACGGACUACACGAAUGUCAAGGCCGUACUUGAUGAUGCUCUCAAUGGCUACGUCAAAGCGAAAGGCCACAUGCAGGUGCUCCAGUGGCUGCGACCUCAUCGAUACCCUUCCUCGACUUGGAGCCGGACCUACUCGAGCGCCCCCAUCUUCUUCCCGGUGAGCAGCCCUCCAUUGUUGCUGCUUGCUGCAUGCAUUUGCUACUGGUUGCUGCAUACAUUUGUUGCAUGCAUUUGCUGCUGGCUGCUGGUGUUGCUUUCUAAAUUGCUUGCUGCUGCUGGUGCUGCUUGCUUCUGGUGCUGCUGGCUGCUGGUGCUGCUUGCUGCUGGUGCUGCUGGCUGCUAG